GAAAGGGUUAGAAAGAGACGAGCUUUCAACUUCACUGCACACUCUCUUGCUCUGAACCCCAUAAAACAACACCCACCACACCAUAGCACUGAAACAAAGCUUCUUCUUCUUCUUCUUCUUCUGCUCCCUCUGCUCCUGCUACUACUUCCUUCACGGGUAAGCCUGAACAUGAUGAAGAAGUUUUCAUCUCAGAUUGCUAGGUAGUGUUUGUGUGUGAUUCUUGUGAAAAGUAAGAAACUUUACUUGUAGUAGAGAGGAAAAACAAUAGUAGAGAGAAAUACACACUCAACUCAUUAACAAGAGAACAUAAGUUUUAAUUUUUUUAGUUAUUGGGUUGCUAGUUUUUUUUUCUGAGGAAUUUAAUCAAACUUAUUGACUGUGAUGGAUGGUUAUGAAGCUACAAGGAUUGUGUUUUCAAGGAUCCAAAACUUGGACCCUGAAAAUGCCUCCAAAAUCAUGGGCUUGCUUCUGCUUCAAGACCAUGGUGAGAAAGAAAUGAUUAGGCUAGCACUUGGUCCUGAAUCCCUUGUUCACUCAGUGAUUCUCACAGCUAGAAAGGAGUUGGGUUUGGCCAUGAACUCUCCUUCCACACUCUCUACACCUCCAUCACCAUCCCCUUUCCUUUCUAGGCAAAAUUCCAACACUUCUAGGCUCAUAAACAGUGGCAUGAACCUUCCUCCUAGUCUUAGCAUCCCAAAUUCAUCAUCUUCUACUACUACUUGGGCCACUCUAUCUGAACUUCAAAACCCUGAAGAUUUGAUGAGUCCUAAUAAUUUAGUUCUUGGGUCUUCUUCUGCUUCCAUGAACUCUUCAUCCUUCUCACCUUACUUUGGAAAUGGAGGGUCUGAUUCAGUAGAUGAGUUCCAGCUUCAAGACCAGCUUGCUUUCCUCAAUGAUGGACCACCUUCCCUUGUGCAAAAGAAUUCAGAUUUAUUUUACCCUCAGUCAGAGUUGUCUUCUAGUCCUAAUAAUGGUAGUGACCCUUCUUCACUCUUUGCAUCAUAUGGUGGUUGGGGAGGUUCUGUUCACCGCAGGAGUUGCUCUGUGAAUGAUGCAUGUAUGGGGUCUGUAGACACAAAUUCUGGGUUUGGUUGGAAGCCUUGCCUUUACUUUGCAAGAGGGUACUGUAAAAAUGGCACUAGUUGCAGGUUCCUUCAUGGAGAUGCUGAGGGUGGUGCAAUGGUUGGGUCUCCUAGUAAGAUUGAGAUGAUGGACCAGUGCCAUGAACUCCUCAGAUCCAAAACCAUUCAGCCACCAAGAUUGGCUGCAGCUUCUCAGCUCAUGGGAUCUUCUACUUUUCCAUAUUCCCACAAGUGCAUGAGUCUCCUUAUGCUGCAGCAGCAACAAAGUGAUUCUCAAAGAGCCGCAGCUGCAGCUUUGAUGAUGAGUGAGGACUUGCACAAAUUUGGAAGAUCCAGACUCGAAAGAAAUGAGUUUUCUCUGAACAGUCCUGGAAUGGUGAACCCAGCUUCUAGGCAGAUAUACUUGACUUUUCCAGCAGAUAGCACUUUCAGAGAGGAAGAUGUUUCAAACUACUUCAGCAUCUACGGGCCUGUUCAAGAUGUUAGGAUCCCAUAUCAGCAAAAACGGAUGUUUGGAUUUGUUACCUUUGCUUAUCCGGAGACAGUGAAGCUCAUUUUAUCAAAAGGAAACCCGCAUUUUGUUUGUGAUGCUCGAGUGCUUGUUAAGCCUUACAAGGAGAAGGGAAAAGUCCCAGACAAGUACAGAAAGCUGCAACAGCUGGAUAGGGGGGAUUUUUCUCCUUGUGGUACACCUACUGGACUGGAUGCUAGAGACCCAUUUGAUCUCCAAGUUGGAGGGAGAAUGUGCUACAAUACUCAAGACAUGCUGUUGAGGAGGAAAUUAGAGGAACAAGCUGAUUUUCAACAAGCACUUGAGCUCCAAAGUAGGAGGUUGAUGGGUCUGCAACUUCUUGACAUCAAAAAGCAACAGCAGCGUGCAUUUUCCAUCGGAAGUCCAAUUCCUUCCCCUAAUCACUCACCUAGUCUGUUCAAUCAAAAUCUUGUUCCUUCCCCAUUUCACAACAGCUUUGAGAGCCAAGAGGAGAAUGGUUCAAGUUCUGUUCCUGCAAGCACUCCAUCAAUUCCUGUUGAUCAGAAACUUAUGCAACAGGAUGCCAAGAUUUCUGUUGGCAAAGAAGUCACAAUCAAUGGAGAUGAUGGGAAUAAUGAUACAAAUAGCAAGAAGAGCUCCAGUCAUGAAGAUCUUGAUUUACAAGAAUGCUUGGAGCAUAUUCUCCCUGAUAGCCCCUUUGCUUCCCUCACAAAAGCUAUUGGAGACUACAUGACUGCAUUCUCCAAUGGACCUAUUGAGGCCACUGAUUCAGAUGCCUCAGCUGCAUCUGCUAACUCCAAAUUUAGCAAUAGCACAUUGCUUCCAGAAGCAUCUGCUCUAGACAUGGGAUCUUAUAAAUCCUAUAACUGCCAAGUUCCCAGGUUCUCUUCUGGCCAUGGAACCAUUGGAAUGCUUGCUGGCACCGGUGGACCAAUUGGCAUUUAGAAUUUUAAUUUCCUUAGGUUCAGGAAGUGAAGCAUGAUCAAAUCUGUAGAGAAUCAACAGCAUUGAGACCAUCACCAUCAAUCAAUACUAUACUACUUACUACCAUACAAAAUGCAUACUUAAAAGCUGUUUAGUAAAGGAAGUAGGACAGCCAUUCCCUUUCUUAUAUUAUCAUUAUUAUUGCCCCAUUUUCUCUUCUAAUUUCUGUAGCAAGCUGGAGAACCACAGGUAUAAGCACAGAAUCAGAGUCAAUAUGCAGUAGUAGUAACAAACACCUAUCACUGUAAUAUCUGCUUCUCUUUCACUUCCCUUACCCAUGUUGGAUGUGUAAGGCUGCUGAUAGUAAGGUAACUACAAGACUCAUACAAAGUGACUACUAAGCUUGAAGAGACCAUGAGUGAGGACUGAGGAGGAGUUAUAAUUACUAGUCUUAGCUGGUUUUUUAGUUGAAAAAAGGAGAUUUCUAGCACUGGUUUGUAAUCUUAGCUGGUUAAUUUUAAAGUUGAAAAAAGGGAGAUUUCUAGCACUGGUUUGUAAUGUGUGCACUCCUUCCUACUUAGUUGUACACAAUUAUCAAUCCCUGUAACAAGACAGUAAAGAGAGAAAUUUAAAAAGAAAAAGCAGAAAGCAAAAGUGAGUUUAAGGCUAA